AUGGUUUCCUACCACAUCGCCGAGCCACAUCCCUCCGCAUCCUCCUCAGCCUACUACGGCCGUGGAGGUGCCGGCAACGUCACCCGCAUCCCCAAGAACGUGACCCCCGGCCCCGACGCCAGCGGCCCAGCAUCUCGCAUCAAGCUCAGCCCGCCCUCCAACGCCCUCUUCACCAGCGGUCGCGGCGGCGCCGGCAACAUCCACCGCGAGAAGGAGCGGGCCAUGUUCUCUUUCGACGAGGAGCUCGCCGCGCAGGAGCGCCUCCGCGAGCACGCCGCCCCCGUGUACCACAUCGGCCGCGGCGGCGCCGGCAACUUGGUCGAAGAGCGUGUCAAGACCAGCCGCCAAAACUCCUCCGCUUCCACCGCUUCCACCGACUCUGAGCGCGGCGUGCGGGGCAGCAUCGAAGGCGCCUGGCGCAAGAUGUCGAGGCAGUUCUCCAACAACUAG